ACGGCAGGAGGUCGGGAGGCGGGGACGAGUCACUUUACGGCAGGAGGUCGAGUGGGACGGUGGCGCCGCCAUGAGCUUGUUCGGUUUGUUCCGAGGCUUCUUCGGUUUCCCGGAGCGGGGCGACGGCCGGGGGGACAGGUUUUUCCAGGGAAUGACACUGGAUGACGAGGAUGAGGAUGAAGACGAUGGAUUUUUCGGAGCUCGUCAGGGAGAUACCUUCGGUUUUGGCUUCGGGCCAGGCAGCCGGAAUUUCGACGAUGGUUUUUCCGGACUUUUCCGUGAGAUGGACGAACUUUUCAAAGGCAUUGGCAGCUGGGAGGUGCCCAGUGGACAAUUUGACUUGCCUGUGUUGGAGCCCCAUCCGUACGGAGGUGGCCAGCAGGAGUGGAGCAGACGUAGCCCCCGUGACUUGAUGUUGAAAGAACCAGAGAGGGAUCACCCCGAAGGAAGUGGAGAGCAGCCUGACAGUGACCGGAGGGAUAGACUCACUCCUGAGGGGCCACGCAGAGGACCCCUGACUCCUUACAGAAGACCAUGGAAUCCAUCCAACAAGUUUGAGGAGAUGUGGGAGUCGCUGAGACAGGGAGAGACGGUGAAAGAGGACAAAGACCUGGACUCCCGAGUGAACUCCGAAGGUCUGGAUAAGAUCUUGAAGCCUUCGGAGCCCCAGACCAGAUCUUAUUUCAAGAGUGUGUCGGUGUCGAAAGUCGUCCUCCCUGACGGGAGCGUAGAGGAACGUCGAGUGACACGGGACGGUGAAGGGAACGAGGAGACCACAGUGACGCGGGCACAAGGGGAGCAGUCGUACACCACAGUGACCCGGCGGGACGCUCAGGGCAAGGAGGAACGCACUGAAGAGAUGGUCAACAUGGAUGACAGCGAACGCGAAAGGUUCACAGAGCACUGGGAGCACCGGGCAGGAAAGGACACUCCCCAUGAGCUGCAGACGUUUGGUGACUCUCUCUCCUUCCUCGAUAAGCUGCUCAAGGGGAUCUUCAGCCGCUGACUGACUCUCACACAGCAAGGGGCAGCUUGAAGUGGGGGGUGGGGGUGAUAUAAUGUGAGAAGAGACCCCAGUUGCACCGGCUGUAGGGUGUGUGUCUGUCUGUGUGUGUGUGUGUCUGCCCUUAACUAUACGAGUGUUUUGUGUCUGUAUGUGUGUGUCGUGGGAUGUGUGCAGCUGCAGGGCCUGUGUUUGCCGUGAACAGACCGGGUUUUUUUGUGUGAAACCAUAUGCAUUUUCAGGUCAGCAACACAUUCACUUUUCGGGCGGGGGUGGGAAUGGACCUUGGCUUUCCUGACAUCGACGGAGUAUUGCGCUGUCUCACUGAGCUGUGCGGGACUUUACUGUGCCCACAUGCACACGCUGCUCCGUGCCCUCCCGACUAACUUGGGUAUGUUCCACACGCGGACGUAACCUGCGCAGACUCUGCAUGCUCCUCCUGAAGUUUGAGAUGUCAUUCGUUCAGGUGCAAUAAAGUCAACAUCGUUCA